CCUGAACUAAGUAAAAAUGGCCCAAAUUCGUUCCAUUGUUUAAGUCGGAGGCGUCGCGUAAUUUACGAAAGUUUGUGCUUUAGAUUCUAUUCACGUUUUCUAUGGUGUUUUAACAACAAGUUCGAAGUGUCAUCUUCAUGAUUUACCAAUUCCAUGGCGGCUGGCUGGAGAAAAGAGAGGAGGAACAGUCUCUUCAGUAAUAUCGUCGCACCCAUGGAAGAAUACCAGCGACUGCUGGCAGAAUUUAGUAAUUCUGAUUUGAGCAGCAUAUCUGAUGAUGAUGAUGACUGGCCUUCAUCUCCACUUCGGCGCAGAGAACUCUUUCAUGAACUAUGUGCCAACACUGAGAGUUCAGCAUCUGAGUCUGAUGAAGAGAACAACAGAGAUGGAAAUGUUACCACCAGGUCCCCUGAAGUUACAAGUAGCACUGCAGCUGCCCAGACUGGACCCAGCAGAAAUCUCAAUACUAAUGGAUGUCAUCAUUUCAGGAGAAAUAUAAACUUCAAUCACAGAUUUACUGUAGAUGUUGAUAAUCAUUUUCAGGGAACUAAUUUUCAAUCUACAGUCCUCUCCCUGUAG